CACGCUGAUUGCAUUGAGUCGCUGUGUUCGGCUACAGUUCUUCUUAGCCGCUGGUUCGAAUAGCCACGACCACCACCAAGACCACCAGCAGGGGCGGGGCAAUAUAGAGUGGUGAAGGCGGGCACUCUCGCUCUCUUGUGCCGCCAGUCUCGCUCCGCAUAGCGGAUCCAUCCACCUGCUUGGCUGCGGGUUGGCCGGAAGGCACUGACUCCCCUCGGCAUGGACGCGCUGAAAAACGCCGGGAGGGCUAUUAUCAAGAGCCCAGGAGUCCCGCGGCACACAUGGGGAACUUCGAAACACGAAAAGCUUCCUGAGAACUGGACCGACACCAAGGAGACUCUUCUGGAAGGAAUGGCGUUCAACCUCAAGUACCUAGGAAUGACGCUGGUGGUCCAGCCCAAAGGGGAGGACAUGGCGUCCGCCGCUAUCCGCAGGAUCGUUACCAUGGCCAGAGCGGGCACUAAGAAGUUCCGCAAAGUAACGCUGACGGUCUCCCCCAAAGGCAUCGUCAUCACCGAUACGGACACUGCAGCUCUCAUAGAGAAUGUCUCCAUCUACAGAAUCUCAUACUGCACAGCAGAUAAAAGUCAGGACAAAGUGUUUGCGUACAUCUCUCAGAGUCAGUUCAACGAAACCCUGGAGUGUCACGCGUUCCUCUGCCAUAAGAAAAAGAUUGCUCAGGCUGUGACAUUAACAGUCGCACAGGCCUUUAAAGUAGCUCUGGAUCUUUGGGAGAUGUCUCAGGAAGACAAAAACAAGAAGGCAAGAAGCACAUGUUGUUCCUGCACAAGCACCAAUAACGGACAGUGUGAGACCACAAACAGUCAGUGUGUCACAGCAGACCCAAAGGCGUGCUCGUCAGUGGGGACGGACGAGAAGCUUCAUCGCCCAUUUCUGUCCACCUCCAUCAGCUCCCCCUCGCCUCGUAGCAAUCCAGCGAGAAGGCGACCAAUCAAACAUGACUCCUGGGAUGUGGAUGAUGGAGUGGACGAUACAUUCUCAAGUAGCAUGGACGUCGAAGAAUCAUGCACUGACCCGACUUCAGACCCGUCCAUUACAAUGCACCUCUGAGGAGGUCCACAUCGACGCUAACUGGAACCAACAGUAAGUGGCGUCACUCUGGAUCAGUAGGGACACCGAAUGAACUUUAACACCUCCAGGAACGUCCCACAGUCAAAAUUUUUAUUUUUUUGCUUCAAACACGACAUUACAGGAUUUGGACGUUCCACUUAGACCUGACUGAAGCACUUGUAACGAAUCAUGAAUCAUCUUUUCAAGCACAGACAUGACGUGACGUGAACCACUUGUUACACUUCUUAGGCAGAAGCAAUCACAAAGUUGGCUCUACACUCCUGUUGUUGUUUUUUUGCGUGGAAACUCUGCACUGCCUCGCCCUGCAGAAGAAGGAUGUGAAGAGUCUGCACAGGAACAGGAAGUGAGUCUCACACCAGUAGUAAGCUGACCUUUGACAAGUGGCCGGUUCCGCCAUGUUGUGUCCAUCCGCAUUCUCUUUCUGUUUCCAGUUUCACUUCUAUUGAAACUAUUGUGUAACAUACCGCUGAUGCAUUUGAGUAAGUAACACUCCCACUCAUGUGAGUCUACAUGAACGCUUGUUUUCUACCUAUGCAAACACAAUGAUUAGUUUGUGUAGUUUGUACUGGACUGUUUGCAUUCUUACAUAUUUAUGCACAAUAAAUGAGUUUGUACCACAAAUCCACUGA